UGUUCUAGCGGCAUCUUUGUUAUCGCAAACCUCGCGGAAAUGUGGUAACGCUGCGGUGGAGAUAGCAGCAGCACCGGCGUAUUGCGGCGGCUGCUGUCAGCGCUUGGACUUUUCCCGGGCUGGACAUGAAAGUGGCCCGUGCGUUGCUCGUAGCCGCAGCCGCGCUGGGAGCGGCGCGUCCCUGUACAGGUUUAAUAUGUAUGCCAGAACCACAGAAUGUUACCAUCGAGGUUGUUAACACAAACAUUACUCUGAAAUGGAACUGGAAUAAUCCAUGUGGCCUUAAUGUAACCUUUUCCGCUGAGAAACAGGGAAUAUUAGACGAUGAAGAGAUACUUAAUGAAAGCUGGUCAGUUAUUUCUGGGUGUCAGAAUGUGACAACCACAGAAUGCGACCUUUCGUCGGCAAUGCUAAUUUAUGAUCAGGAUUAUAAUGUGAGCAUAAGAGCAUACACAACGACGGAUCACUCUCCCGCUGCCUUGUUAACAUUUUGUCCUCUUGUGAAUGCCCAAGUUGGUCCUCCAGGAGUUAAGUUUGAAUUCAUAUAUGGAGAUGUGAAAAUCAUCAUUAUAUCUCCUGAAGCAAACCAGCCCAGAAAAAUGUGGGAGACGGAAACUUUCACCUACAAGCUAACAAUCUGGAAGAACUCAUCCCAACCUCAGGUAAAAAAUCAAGAAGUUUUUUCAGGACAAUUGUUUCACGACCUUGAGCCAGAAACUACUUAUUGUUUGAAAGUUAAAGCGCAUCUGAAUUAUCAUAUAUCUUUAUAUAGUAGAGUGUACUCUGUGAAAACACCUAAAGCUUGGGUCGGUCUGCCUCGCCCUGAAAAUGUUUAUGUCCGUGCCUUGAAUCUGAAGUACGUUUUGCAUUGGGAUAAUCUAUAUCAUGGAAAUGUGAGCUUCCUGGUACAGUAUCUCACAGGAUACAAAGCACGGGCCUCUCCUGAUAUCUCAAAGGAGUGGCAAAGUGCAAAAGGAUGCAAAAACAUCUCAACCACACACUGCAAUCUCUUACCUCCUAUUGAUUUUGAUGGAAUUUACUAUCUCCGUGUACAGGCUGUGCAUAGCCAUAACAAAUCACCUUGGUCUAAAAUGCUAAGAUUUGAACCUAAAGAAGAUAAUGAAAUUGGCCCACCAAGCAUCAUCAAGAUUAGUCCCAGUGAAGAUUCACUUACAGUUUUCAUUGCUUCUCCCGGCGAAUCUGAAAAUAAUUCAUUGAGUAAAAAAUAUGAUUUUACUUACCACGUUUGCUACUGGACAGAUUCUUCACAUUCUCAGGAAAAAAUUGAUGAUAAGCCAGCAAUUAUAAUCUCAGGCUUGACCGCGUCAACGUCAUACUGCCUAAAAGUGCAAGCGCAUAAUUUGAUAUAUAAUAAAAGUAGUGCAUUUAGCAAUGUGACAUGCAUUGAAACAGCCAAUGGAAAAUCAUUUCCAACCUUUGUAGUGUUUCUCAUUGCUCUGGCUGUUGUUUCCGUAGCAAGCUUGAUCUAUUAUAUUUGGAGAAAGAUCAAAUAUGCAUUCUUUCCAAAAUGCAAUCCUCCAAUGAUCAUACAGAGCAUUGAAGGAAAAGAUGUGAACAGUCCCUAUUUGCUAACUUCAGAAGAACUAACAGAAAACUGUGUCAUAGUUGACAGCAUUCCAGAUGAAGUUAACCUGGUUGACUCUAAAGCCCACAAAGAGUUGGAACAGAUCAGCCAAGAUUCAGGAAACUAUUGCAAUGAUGAUGAUAUCUCUGGAAACAGAGAGUCAUAUAAAACCCUAGAACAGAAAGCAGUAUGAUUUUCUAAAGUAAUGGGCAGAAGGUGCCAGAUGAGAAGGACAACAUAAUUAGCAUCUUGCUGAUUAUAGGAAUCAUUAUUAUUGCUGCUACCUUGCAGCUAUCAGAGAUUUGGUGCUAAAAAGUCAGCUGGGAACUGGCUCUUACACCAAAGAUUUUGAGGCGUGUCCUGCCAUUGGAAGAAUUGCUAGAAUGUGGAGAACAAAUCUUAUUUUAAUUUCCCUACCAAAAACAUCAUGGGAAAAUGUUUACUUCAACGUUUUGAUUGGACGUCGGUACUUAAAUUACAGUUUUGUAUGCAUGUGUGUACAAGGACCAUUCUGAGAAAACAGUGAACCUAGGCUGGUAUUGAUGCCAAGUUGAUUUUCACAGUAUUAACUGUAAAUAGUACUAGUCUCCUAUUGUCUAUAGCAAAAUGUAAUAUAAGCCAACACAGGCUGCAGCAGCUUCCAAAAAUUACUGCAAGGAUACACACUGCAGUUUUUUACAAGAAGGAAAGAACUUCUGCUCUGACUGAAUAUAUGCCAACAUUGUUGAUGUUUUCCUUACAAGCAUUGUUACAGAGUACAGUUCAAUCACAAUACCUCUGGUGCCUUCCAUGUGUUGUCACUCUUUAUUAAUGUAAAUUUAUACAAGAACAUAAUUUCUGCACAAAACAGUGCAGUCAAGAUUAGCUUAUAAUGAGAAGUAUAAGAGGCAGAUAGAGUGUUUCAUCCAGGUAAAUACUUUGGUGAAAAUCAAAUGAGUGAAACUUGAUUUAAGCAAAGACCUGGUCACUCUUCACUUAAUUGUUCUUAUAGCCAAUCUGUUAAUUAUUAGUGACGAUCAGGGCACAGUUUAUAAAAUACAACUUUAUAAAAAAAAAUACAAAAAAAUACAACUUUUAUCAGUGUUACAGUAAGUAUCUGGAUGCUCUUAGUAUUUUUAUUUGUUUUACCACAUAUGUUCAAUAUAUUUCAAUUUUAACAAGUAAAAGAACUUCCUGUUGAACGGGAAAACAUUUUUUAGUAUUACCUGCAAUUUGGUUGUAGUCAAAAGCUCAAACUACGGAAACCAAAUCUCAGAGAAUAAAAGACAAAGAUGACAUCUGUAAUAUUUUAUAGUUGACCUUAAACACUUACUUUUGCUCUGUUGAGGUAGAAGAAAAUCGUUAGCUAGCUGUCAAAAAGUUCAAAGUUGUUUUAAAAGUAGUAAAAAUCCGUAGUUUAAAUUUCUAGGGAACUACAAAUUUAAGGGAGGGACCGAAGGUCAGUGUGUUAGAGCACAUGCGUGGCAUGCAGAAAGUCCCAGGUUCAAUCCCCGGCUUCUCCAGGUAGGGCAAGGAAAAAAUCCUGCUGAAACUCUGAAGAGCUGGGGCCAGUCAGUGUUGACAAUACUGGGCUAGAUGGACCACUGCUCUGACUCAGAAUAGGGCAGUUUCCAGUGUACCUAUGCCUUUAUUGUGUGUAUUCUUCAUUUAGCUAUUGCCAACCAGAGAAUUAAAGUGCAACCAGCAUUUCUCAGAACUUUUUCUUAAUGAGACAUGUAGCUUUUGUUGUAUGCUUACCUUCUAAUUUGUUUCCUUUGAUAGAAGGAUGAGAGCUAAUAUGUACUUGAACACUGAAAUAAUGUAUUCUUACAGUCUGGAUUUAUUGUUACUUGUCUCCUCACUUGCACCUCCCUAUAGAGGAGGAAACAUUUUCACUCCCAUUAAUGGUUUUACCCAUAUUUAGUUGGUCAGUAUUGAUGACUACUAGCUGGUGCUUAUGAAGGUGGAGGAGAACUUGUGGAUAUAUUCAUGAUGCCUGCAGUUACUGUAAUCCAUUGCUUCUGCUAUUUCAAUUAGCUUGUACAGUUACUUUCCCCCUUUUCACAGUAUUUAGAUACAUCCAAGGCAUGGUAUCAUGUAGUUUAGUAUAAACAGGAUUCCCACUCAGUAGUCUUCAACUCCAACUCAUCAGUGUAUACCUGAUGUUUUGUCUGAAAUUUGGGCUCCUGAGGCAGCUACUGAUCUUAAGUAGCUGGCUGACUUUGGUGGAGAAGAGAGGAAAUGUUUACAAAUCAGAGUCUCCUUUUACAAGUGCAGUGGAAUGAAAGGAGGUCAGCACUCAGUGUUUGGGUGGUGAGCUUCAUUUAGCCUUAUUUUUCAUAGAAUCAUAGAAUCAUAGAAUAGCAGAGUUGGAAGGGGCCUAUAAGGCCAUCGAGUCCAACCCCCUGCUCAAUGCAGGAAUCCACCCUAAAGCAUCCCUGACAGAUGCUUGUCCAGCUGCCUCUUGAAGGCCUCUAGUUUUAAUUUUUGGGAAUUGCAUCAGACCACCCAAGUAGCAUAUUUUUACCCAAAUGCUUUGGUAAAUAAGUGCUUUUGUGUAAAUAGUUUUUAAAAAAAACUUAAGUGAGGCCAAAAAAAAAAGUGAAGUAGUGUAAAUAGAGAUUGUAGUGCAAUACUUACACGGCUUACAGGCUUACAUGGCUUGGGAUCGCAAUACCUGAUGGAAUGCCUCUCCCGACAUGAACCUACCCAUACACUGCACUCAACAUCCAAGGUCCUCCUCUGGGUGCCUACUCCAAGGGAAGCUCGGAGGACAGCAACAAGAGAGAGGGCCUUUUCUGUGGUGGUCCCCCAAUUGUGGAACAAUCUCCCUGAUGAGGCCUGCCUGGCGCCAACAUUGUUAUCUUUUAGGCGCCAGGACAAGACUUUUCUCCCAGGCAUUUAGAAAUAUGUAAUUAGCCUGGGGGUUUGUAUGUUUUUGUGGUUUAAAUUGUAUGUUUUUGUGAUUUAAAAUUUUUGUAUAUUGUUUUUAAGUGUUUUUAUCCUAUGUAAACUGCCCAGAGCGCCUCGGCUAUAGGGUGGUAUACAAAUGUAAUAAAUAAUUAAUAAUAAUAAA